AUGUGUCGUGUCUUCUCUAAAUAUCAUGUGUUCUCAAAUUCUCCUUUCCAAAAAUCAAUGGAUGGAAACUUGAACGUAAAGAAACAAUCGCUUGAUGUUUCUCAUGAACAAGACAAGUUUGACGAAAGAGAACUUCAGGCAAGAGUGAUAUUAUGGUUGGCAAGUCAAGAAAUGGAAGGAAGGAAUGGUAGUGAAGGAAUCCAUCCAACACUAUCUCUUUCAUUGCAACCUCAAGCAUUAUUAAUGCAUGCUUCACAUGGCUUUUCCAUAAAGCGAUCUCUUCAAAAUUUCCUUCACAAGAGAAAUAAAAGGAUUCAAGGUCACGUCUCUAUUGUAAGGCCACAUGAUGAUAAUAGUACAACUUAG